UUAAUCCAAUGGAUGAUUCAUGUACUAAAUGCAUGACAAUCUCAGCUCUGAUUGAAAUGUUUACAUCGAUUACAAUUACUACUCUUACCUUUUAUUUCAAUCCUCACUUAAUUUUAGAUACCAAGUUAGCAAUCCUUCUAAUUUAUUACGGAUACCUAGUCAUUAAUUUAUUAAUAUUGACUAUCCUUUUAGAAAUCAUAUUAAUAUUGGUAACUAUCCCAUUUGUAGGAUUCAAUCAAUCCCUAAAAGUUUUAGCAUUUUCUUAAACCAGUAAUUAUAUUCACUAUUAAUGAAGCCAGUUUUUGUUUAUUCUUAUAGAUGCUCCUAUUAUAUUUAUCCCAUUUUAUAUUGCAUAUUUUUCCAAAAAGGCAUAAUAUUAUUGCAUCUUAAAUUCGCUUGGUCAAUCAUUGAAGACUUUGAUGCAAUCUAUUAAUAUUGUUGGAGGUUUUCCUUUACGGUUCAGCCAGAAGAAUAAUAAAUAUUAUAAUAAAUUAAACGAGAUGUGUACCAAAGAUACCAUUAAUAUGUUUGA